CGAAUUUGAAGCACAUUUCGCUCUUGGUUUACCUCUGUUUAUUAUCUCUGACUUCACUUUCCAACGACCAAGAAUGAAUCGUUCUUUUGACUUGAUUCCUUUCAUUGAAUCAUCUGAGCCGAUUCACACAACCAUUCCUGUAGGCAUCGAACUGAACAGUCCAAGUGGUGCUUCAAACAAACUGUUCGAAAGAAUCGAUUCUCCCGCUACUUAUACGUCAUCACAAUGGCCCGGAAUUUCCUCUUCGCCAGAUCUGGCGCAUGCGCACAUUGAAAAAGAAUGCGGACUUCGCAGCUCUCCCAAAAUUAAACUGUUUGAUGGCCAUAAUUCGAUAAAUCAUGUCGAAAGCAACAUCUCAGCCCGGUUCUUCGGGUGCCGCUGCCAACCUAGGACCUUCAUCGUCCUCCUCCUGCUCCUCACCCUCGGCAGGUGGCACGACGUCCCCCGCUAACGUGCUGCACGCACAGCCCGAGAAACCCCAGCACUACACGUAUCUGAAGGAGUUUAGGACGGAGCAGUGUCCCCUAUUCGUACAGCACAAGUGCACUCAGCACCGGCCCUUCACCUGCUUCCACUGGCAUUUCCUGAACCAGAGACGGCGGAGGCCGAUUCGCAGACGAGAUGGGACUUUUAAUUACAGCCCUGAUGUGUAUUGCGUUAAAUACGACGAGGGCGCAGGAAAUUGUCCUGAUGGAGAUGAGUGUCCGUUUUUGCACCGAACAGCCGGAGACACAGAGAGGCGGUAUCACCUCCGGUACUAUAAGACUGGCUCCUGUAUCCACGAGACCGAUGGGAAGGGCCACUGCAGUAAGAACGGCCCUCACUGUGCCUUUGCUCACGGCUCCCAUGACCUGCGUAGCCCUGUCUAUGACAUCAGAGAGGUUCAGGUAUUAGAAGCCCAAGCUGCAACUGGAUUGGUUGAGGGAACAUCUGGAGAAGGGCAGUCAGGAGUCGUGGCCAGCACUGCACUCAUAGAAAAGACCCUGAGUGAAGAUCCACGCUGGCAAGACAACAGUUUUGUGCUCUCGCACUACAAGACUGAGCUUUGCAAAAAACCUCCUCGGCUUUGCCGUCAGGGCUAUGCGUGUCCCUACUAUCACAACAGCAAAGACCGCAGACGGAGCCCUCAUAAGCACAAAUACAGAGCCCUGCCGUGUCCCUCGGUGAAGCACAGUGACGAGUGGGGAGACCCCAGCAAGUGUGAGAGCGGAGAAAGCUGCCAGUACUGUCACACGCGGACAGAACAGCAGUUCCACCCGGAGAUCUACAAAUCCACCAAAUGCAAUGACAUUCAGCAGAGUGGCAACUGUCCCAGAGGGCCGUUCUGCGCUUUUGCUCAUUUAGAAAAAGUAAGUGUCAGUGAUGAGCAGCUGGCCGCACAAUGCAGUUCACCUCUUGCAACUUCCUGCCCCAAUACCUUUGAAGACUUCUGCCAGAGUGGCCAGAGUGCCACCUCAGAGGAAGGGCUGCUGGGAAGGGUUCUGUUUGAGGAGUCCUCCAGUCUUGAUGCCUGUCUAGGAGGAGAGGGGGGUUAUGGGAAAGCCCCUGGGUUUGAGAGGGAAGACCAGGCCAAAUUUAGAAGUUUUUCAAUGGAACAUCGCAGCAGAGACAUUUCCUCCAUGCAAAACAAACAGGAUUUGUUGGUGUUUCUGCCUGUCGGCAGUCCUCUCAGUAUGUCCUCGAGUAUACCUUCCAGCCUGGCAGCCACCCCACCCAGCCCUGCACCCCCCGGCCUCUCUUCAGGCAUGAACGCCAACGCUCUUCCUUUCUACCCUACAAGUGACACAGUGGAGUCUGUAGUGGAAUCUGCCCUGGAUGAUCUGGACCUGAAUGACUUUGGAGUCUCAGCUCUUGAGAAAAGUCUGGAGAGUUCGGCUCUACCCAGCAUGGGCCUCAUGUUAGGAGGCAGUCAGUUACAGAGUUCAGCACCUGUCAACAUCCCUGGCUCCCUAAGUAGCCCAUCAUCUUUCAGAUCACCCUCACCUUCUCCACCAAUUAGAGCUCAUCAUUCGCCAUUCCUCUCAACGCAGUUGCCACAGCCCAACCAAUCAGAGAGCAGCUUUUUGGGGACCUCCCAUGGUUCUUUAGGUUUAAAUGGCAUGAACAGCAGUAUUUGGGAACAUUUUCCGACAGGCCAAAGCUCGCCAGGUACCCCCCCUGCCCUGCUCUCCACGGGGAGCAUGUUUGCCGAGGCAUCACGUCUCAAACAGGAAGUGGAGGAUGCACACAGGGUGCUGAAACACUGGGACCACAGCUGGAGACAGAUGGCUCAGUCAUUGGCCGUCUUAAAAGCAGACGCAGAGGAAGCUCGUCACGUGGUGGGGCAGCUGGGAAUGGAGGCGGAGCGAGCGCGGCAGGCUGAAGUGGAGGCGCAGCAGCAAGCAGCUGUCCUGGAGGAGGCGCUAGAGAGCUUACGGCACGCAGAAAACCCACAUUUACAGCUUCACCAGCUGCAGUUACUGCACAGACUUCCACUCAGCUCCAUCUGCAGCCUGCAUGCACAGAUCUGCUCCUGCUUACGCACCGUAGAACAGGCUGUGUUCAGGAAGCAGAGAUCGUAUUGUCUAUCUUGCGAUGAGAUGGGAUCGGUGACGUUACCAUGCCAACAUGGCCUUCACUGCGAACGAUGUGCAUCCUCGACAGAAUGCCCGCUGUGUACCGAACACCAGUAGAGCAUGAAUAUCCUACAGUCAUAAACUCUUGACGUAAUUCUAAUGCUAUAAUCCAGACACUAAAACAUAAACCCUGACCCCUCACAGGAUCUCAUUUGGAUAUUGCCGAAGUUCUCGGUUUAAAGCGGGGGUUAAAUGUAUCCCACAAAGCCCAAAUCUAAAAGAAAUGAAACCACCUCAGCCUUAUCUUGGCUAAAAGCUGAGACUUUAUUGAGAAAUAUGAUGCAUAUUGACCAUAUCAAGAAGACAUGCCAUGCCAUAUUCUUUACACUAGCAUGCAAUCAGUUCUAAACCUCCGUGGGACCAUUUUCUUCCUCAAAAGGUAAAAAAUAUGACAUACAUGAUCAGUUUGUGAUAUUUUCAUGUUUAUUGUGGGGACAAAACAUCACAUUUAUAAUAAUAUGACUAUGUCUCAUUGUAUUAAUAGUUGAGUUAGUGCAUACAUGAAACGAAUUGAGAGAUUAAGAAACCAUUUAAGGGACUAUCAUACCAAAUUCUAAUAUUCCCUAUAUGCUCUAUGUAGAAGCAUAACACAUACAACGCGUAUAUAGUAAGACAAUCCUUUUUUUUCUUUUUUACAUCUUUAAGUUGAAAUGUCCUUCCAAAACAUUCUGAAAUGUUUAAUGUUUACAGAAGAAAUGCAGUUUGUGUAUCUUCAGUGCAGCUUAAACGACUUUUACCAGACGGGAAGAUUUCAUAAUUAAUACAGAUUAGCAUAGUAGGUAGCUAUAUAGGAAAUUUACAAUUACUUUUGUAGGAUUUUUUUAAAGGAGAAAUUCCAGGGGACUGCUAUUUACAGCAAAAUGAAAAAAAAAAAAAGGUUUUGCAGCUUUUCAUUCUCAGGUUUUUUUUUUUUGUUUUUUUUUUAUCAUGGCAAACUGGAGGGCAAAAAGCAAGGCGGCGAACACUUUUUAUGUAAUUCCUAGAAUGUGCAUAUUUUAUUUAAUGCAUUGAUUGAAUUAAUAAGUUUACUAAACCAACAGCACGCUCCCAACUGCAGCUUUCUGUGAACACGUGGAGAACAUAAAUCAUGUGCACUGACAAGAGCAGUCAAGCUACAGCUGUCAAAAGAGGGCUUGACUUUCGAUUUAUUUGGGCGAUUUUAGUUGAAUUCAGUUUGAAGGCACAGUUAUAUGGGAUGCUCUACAGAUGACGUCCUUUGAAACAGAACUUCACUGUGAAUUCAGUAAUCAUAUGCUCAAGUUUUGUCCACAUACAGUGUCUCAGUCCGAUUUUGUAAAAGACAAUAAAUGUAUAUUUUUGGAUGAAAAUGUUUAUUUUUUUAAUAUCAUAAUUACACAUCAUUACAUUAAUUAAAAAAAAAGUUGGGCAUUAAA